GCUGGAGUUCUCCUUGAAUUACCUUUUUCUGCCUUAUCUGCUGCUGAUUGUAAACCUGUUUUUUUUUGCCCUAAGUUGUGAAACAAACCCUGGUACCAUAACAAAAGCAAAUGAAUUACUGUUUCUUCAAGUUUAUGAAUUUGACGAAGGGAUGUUCCCAAAGAACCUGAGGUGUUAUACUUGUGAUUUAAGGAAACCAGCGCGAUCCAAGCACUGCAGUGUGUGUAACCGGUGUGUGCACCGCUUUGACCAUCACUGUGUGUGGGUGAACAACUGCAUCGGGGCCUGGAACAUCAGGUACUUCCUCUUCUACCUCUUGACUUUGACGGCCUCGGCUGCCACCAUGGCUGUGGUGAGCACUGUGUUUCUGGUCCAGCUGGUGAUGGUGUCGGACUUGUACCUGGAGACUUACGUCGAUGAUUUUGGACACUUGCAGGUGGUUGACACUGUCUUUGUUAUUCAGUACCUGUUCCUGACCUUCCCGAGGAUCGUCUUCCUGUUGGGCUUUGUUGUGGUGCUGAGCUUCCUCCUGGGGAGCUACCUGUGCUUCUGUCUGUACCUGGCCGCUACCAACCAGACCACUAACGAGUGGUACAGAGGUGCCCGAGCCUGGUGCCAGCAUUGCCCCCGCGUGGCCUGGCCCCCAUCAGCAGAGCCCCAGGUUUACCGGAACAUUCACUCCCGUGGGCUUUGGAGCAACCUUCGUGAGAUCUUUCUACCUGCUCUUGCACAUUGUGAGAGAAAGAAGAAAUAAGAAUGGGAAGAGUGUUACUGCCUUUUAAAUAUAGUAUAUGUUUAUCUGUACAUAUG